GCAGGAGGGGGGACUGUGUCCCAGACGGAAGCCUGGCUGGGCGGGGUGUGCCUUCCUUUCCGUUCCCUCAUCAGAGGUCGGGCCUGCGCUUGAGGCGGAGUCGCGUUGACUGACCAGAGUCCGCGAACCCCGCUUCCCUCGGCCCCCGAAGCUUUGUCCUGCUUGAGACUUAAAAGGACCAUUUCUUGUUCAGAAUGUCCCUACACCAGUUUUUACUAGAACCAAUAACCUGCCAUGCAUGGAACAGAGAUAGAACUCAGAUUGCCAUUAGUCCUAAUAACCAUGAAGUUCACAUCUAUAAGAAGAAUGGGAACCAGUGGGUGAAAGCUCAUGAACUGAAAGAACACAAUGGGCACAUCACAGGCAUUGACUGGGCUCCCAAGAGUGAUCGCAUUGUCACCUGUGGUGCUGACCGUAAUGCUUACGUCUGGAGUCAGAAGGAUGGUGUGUGGAAGCCCACGCUGGUCAUCCUGAGGAUCAACCGAGCAGCCACCUUUGUCAAGUGGUCUCCGCUGGAGAACAAAUUUGCUGUGGGAAGUGGAGCUCGACUUAUAUCCGUGUGCUACUUUGAGUCUGAAAACGACUGGUGGGUAAGCAAGCACAUUAAGAAGCCAAUUCGCUCUACUGUCCUUAGCCUGGAUUGGCAUCCCAAUAAUGUCUUGCUAGCAGCCGGAUCCUGUGACUUCAAAUGCAGGGUGUUUUCAGCAUACAUUAAGGAAGUGGACGAGAAACCAGCCAGCACGCUCUGGGGCUCCAAGAUGCCCUUUGGGCAGCUGAUGGCUGAAUUUGGUGGCGCAGGAAGUGGCGGCUGGGUCCACAGUGUCAGUUUUUCUGCCAGCGGCAACCGCCUUGCCUGGGUCAGCCACGAUAGCACCGUGUCGGUUGCAGAUGCCUCCAAAAACAUGAUGGUCUCACAAUUGAAAACGGAGUUCCUCCCGCUGCUGAGUCUGUCCUUUGUCUCUGAGAACAGCGUGGUGGCUGCUGGCCAUGACUGCUGCCCGAUGCUCUUCAGCUGCGAUGAUCGUGGUGCCCUCACCUUCAUCUCCAAGCUGGACAUUCCGAAGCAGAGCAUCCAGCGCAACAUAUCGGCCAUGGAACGUUUCCGUAACAUGGACAAGAGAGCCACCACCGAGGACCGCAACACCACCCUGGAGACGCUGCACCAGAACAGCAUCACCCAAGUGUCUAUUUAUGAGGUGGACAAACGGGACUGUCGCAAAUUCUGCACCACUGGCAUUGAUGGAGCCAUGACCAUCUGGGACUUCAAGACCUUGGAGUCCUCCAUUCAAGGCCUGCGGAUCAUGUAAAGCCGGCUCUGUGUCCUCUAGCAAGACAACUCGCUCUGGUGCCUGCACAAGACUUGAACAAGGAUGGUUGAAGAUGGUCACUUCUUGAAGCACUGAGAAAAUGAUGACAUGAUGGAUUUUUCCCUUCCUUUUCACCCACCUUCCUUUUGGUGAAAUGUGUUGGUUUGCAAAUCAGCUGUGAUUAUGGUAUAUAUUUGGUUGUGUGUUUUUUUUAUUGCUAUUCAUUGUUUCAUUCCAUUCCUUUUACCAAAGCUGCUCCUUAAAAUAGUUUACUGCAGGACAUAUAAAUGACUAAUUUAAAAGGGGAACUUUAUAUACAAUGUCUGCUAGAAAAUAAAAAGAAGUCAAACAUUA